UGUGGGAAGGCGGAAGUGCGCGGUGACUUCUCGGUGGGGCUGCGAUCCUUGGAUCUAGAGGAGCCGAGCUCGGCAUGGCGUCCAGUGCCGGGGGCAUCGCCCCUGCAGCCCCGUCGUUGGUGGAUCGCUACUUCACCCGCUGGUACAAGGCCGAUGUGAAGGGAAAGCCAUGUGAGGAUCACUGUAUAUUGCAACACUCUAACAGAAUCUGUGUAAUCACAUUGGCAGAAUCUCAUCCACUUUUUCAAAAUGGAAAAACAAUUAAAAGUAUUAACUACCAAAUCAGUGCCAACUGUAGCAGACUUCAGAACAAGGUUUCUGGGAAGUUUAAACGGGGGGCACAAUUUCUAACAGAACUUGCGCCUCUUUGUAGGAUAUCCUGUUCAGAUGGAGAAGAAUAUACUGUGUCAAGCUGUGUGAGAGGACGGUUGAUGGAAGUGAAUGAAAAUAUUCUAGAUAAGCCAUCCAUUUUGCAGGAAAAGCCAUCCACUGAGGGAUAUAUUGCUGUUGUGCUACCCAAAUUUGAAGAAAGCAAGAGCGUUACUGAGGGAUUGUUGACACAAAAAGAAUACGAAGAAGUCGUGGUGAAACGAAUUAAUAACAGAUCAGAAACAUCAUGAAGACAAAUGAAAUCAAAAAGAAACACAGAUCUAUAUGUGUUAAAGGACCACCUGCUGUAGAGCACGACUGGACAAGAAAGUGGUGGUAGAACAGUCCUCUCCGUAUUGUGGGAUGGCUCUGCUUCAGUUCCUGGCCACUUCAGUAUUGGUGAUCUUUGCCAGUCAGUCUUGAUUUAUUAGGUCAUCUUUCCCUCCCCUGCCCAAGUAUGCCCUAUUUUUCCCUAGCUCUUCUCACUUAUUCAAACGCAACAUAAACAUCUGGGAAACUACAAAUACUAUUUCCCAAAUAUUUUGGAUUCACUUUGGCGAAACAAAAGACACCCCACACCCGACCCCUCAGGCCUCCUCGUUCACCAGUUUCACCAGAACUUUCAGACAAGGUAGUACACUCUGCCCAAGGACACUUCUUGAUUGCCUGAACUGGAAGAGUAGAGAUUGGGAAUAAGAGAAGGUAGAAACUAGACCAUCUUCUCUUUACUUAUUUUUUUGACCAGAUCUAUUAUUUGGGGAGCUUUUGGUGAGGAUUUCUCUCUCCCAUUGCAGAUGGCCAUAUGCUCUUCAGCUUAAAGAGCCUAAGAAAGCUGCUUGGGCUCCUAAGAGAUUAGGGACUUGCCCAGGGUAAAACUGUCUGUGUCAGAGACAGGACUUGAAUCCAGGUCUUCCUGCCUCUAGGCCCAACUCUUUCUGUCCACCAUGCUGUUUCCCUUGUCAUCUGAUCUCCAGUCAGGUUUUUCAUAUCUCUGUCCCUCCCGUUUCCAGGGUGUUCUCUCCCAUCUCGGCUCAGAGCUGAGAUGGUGAGAUUCAAGUAUGUGAGUUCUCACUGAAGUUGGUAGCAAAUGAGUUUUAGUGCAUGUGAAAGUAUUACAAAAAGUAUAAAAUGCUAUCCAAUGUA